CUGCGUCAUAGCACGGAACUGUGCCCCUGACUCACCCAGCGGGGGUUUGUCCUCUUCCGGGCUGCAGACACAAUCCAGUGAUCAUCAAUGAUGCUCUGCACCUAGCCGCCACAGCUGUAACUCUCCCUCUACCCUUGCGCGCUCGCCGCAGGCGCUCAGCAUGAACUACACCCCGACAGGAGCCGCAGGCAUUUCUGCCACAUCUCGAUCAUAAGUUCAUCGCUAUCCCACUCAGAUACAACUCAUCGUCAUCACGGUCGGACCGCUAUCAUGUUUAGUGACCUUUGUUGCGUCAACUCCUCGCUCGCCGGACUUCAAGUCCAUCCGCCCAACAUUGGCACCGCCCCCUCCGAGCAGCGUCCGUGGCAGUGAUCUGCACCGCCCUGCCCAAGAUCCGUCCCGCCAGCCAAUCUGUGGCGCGAAUCCGAUCGUGGCCACAAGAUUUAUGGGCUACCGGCUGCACGACACGGUCAACGUACACGGGCCGUACGAAACUAAUACUUCUCCCGCUCCAACCGAUGCGCGCUGCUGCCGCCUUAGCACGAUCUUGAUGGCGCGCUCCCUUGGCCGGCGACCUGUCCGUGCCGUCCUUGGUAUCGACACAUCGGCAGCGGCUCGCGGCCUUAGCACUCAGGAUCUCCGGUUGCUGGCGCGCAGGCCCCGCAAUCAUUACUAUUCCCGCGCCCAGGGAUUUUGCUUGUACUCCGACUCCGGAUAGGCACGGCUUUCUAGACGAUGACCGCGAAACGCCGUGGGACGGAUGUAUCGUCCCUCGCGACGC